UUGAAAAGCAAAAUUGAGCAUAUUAAAUUUCACAUUCUAGACAGGACAACUAAAGAAUUGAGGUGCCUGACUUUUCCUCGUAUACGUCACUGGUUAAAUCAUUACUUGUUUGGCAGCGGAAUUGAAAGAUGUUACUGUCUUCGUCAUGGCUAAUAGAUAUUUCACUUCUCCUUUCUAUAACCGUCUACAUUCUAUAUAAAUAUUUCUCAAGAAACUACGACUACUGGAAGAAAAAAGGUGUCUAUUAUUUAAAACCAAAGCCAUUUAUUGGCAAUCUUUAUGAUGUAAUCACUUUCAAGAAAACAAUGGCGCAUUGGCAACAAGACGUUUAUAAGUCUACAGAUGGACCUUAUGUAGGAGUAUUCGUAUUUCAUAAACCUGUGUUAUCAUUGAGAUCACCUGAAUUAAUCAAAGAGGUAUUAAUGAAGCACUUUGAUCAUUUCUCAAACAGAACCGCUUUAGCCCCAGAACAUAACCAAAUAUUCGCAAACACAUUAUUUCUCUUGAAAAAUCCGGAGUGGAAACUGAUGAGAUCGAAGGUGACACCUGCAUUUACCUCUGGGAAACUAAGAGGAAUGUUUCCUAUUUUAAAAAACAUCGGACAUGAAAUGAAUAUGUACCUGAACAAGAACCGUGGACUCUUGGAGGCCAAAGAUUUAGGCACAAAAUAUGCGGCUGAAGUUAUUGCAAGAACAGCAUUCGGAAUAAACGCACGCUGUUUCGAUGAAGAAAAAAGCAGUUUCUAUGAAAUUGUCUCUUUGUUUUUUGAUUUUAAUUGGAAAACCGCUGCAUCGCAAACUGCAUUUUUUUUCAUGCACGGUGUAGCAAAUUUACUUCGCUUGGAAUUCGUAGAUAUUAAUGCGGUUAAAUAUCUCAAAGAAGUGUUUUCCUGUACCAUUGAACAAAGGGAAAAAUCAAAUGGAAAAGGAAAUGAUUUGAUUGAUAUUAUUGUGGAGCUGAAAAAGGAUAAAGAAUUUUGCAAUAGAAUGAAAUUUGAAGGAGAAAAGAUUGUAUCUCAACCCAUGCAAUUCUUUGCGGCAGGAGUAGAAACAACAAGCUCUGCAAUAUCAUUUACCUUAUACGAAUUAUGUAUACACCCUGAAAUCCAGAACAAAUUACGAGAAGAAAUACGGAAUUAUCUUACAGAAAACAAAGAGAUCACCUACGAGAAUUUAACACAACUGAAAUAUAUGGAAAUGUGUAUUCUAGAAACCCUUAGAAGAUAUCCUGCGUUGCCUUUCCUUGACAGGCUAUGUAAUAAAGAUUUCACAAUUCCUGGAACUGAUAUUUUAAUUGAAAAAGGAACCCUGGUCUACAUUCCUUUACUAGGAUUACAUUUUGAUGAAAAAUACUUUCCUGAACCAGACAAAUACAAUCCUGAACGAUUUGCAGACAAAAGUACGUUGAAUAAAGAUGGUCUCUAUUAUUUACCAUUUGGAGAGGGUCCAAGAAUUUGUUUGGGUGAAAGGUUCGCCAUGAUGAACGUCAAAAUAGCACUGAUAAAUAUUCUAUCUCAGUUUGCUGUUGAACCCACGUCAACUACCCCAGUGCCCAUAAACUUUACUAAGAAAAGUUUCGCCUUAAGAUCCGAUGUUGGUUUGCCCAUGAGAUUGGUCGAAUGUAAUUAAUAAAUUAAGAUUUCAUUUAUAUGUCAAGAAUAAUAAUAAUAAAUAUUAACGUUUAUUUGCAAUGUAUAGGUAAUAAUGAUAAUACAAUAUUACAAUGU